AUUGACAAUGUCAUCAAUACUUCGAAUGAAUGUUUCGGAGUCUAUAAAAAACAUGUAAUAUCGAAAUGUUAUAAGCAAGGCCUAAUAGAUUUGUACAAAUAGGUUAAGUUUAAAGUGAGGAUACAUAUUAGGACGUUUAACCAAAAUUUACGUAAAAUAUACAAAAAGAAACAAAAAUAUGAACUUCCGAAAGGCCCGCCCGCGCUCCAGAAGAAACUCUUUGAAUGUUAUGAACAACACAGAAAAGUGGAAACAAACCAGCAGUAGAAGAUUCUCUCGUCGAGACACCUGUUUCGAUGAAAAUUCAGACGACGACGAUCCAAAAUACGAUGAAAUCAAAGAUUGGGUUGAAGACUUUUUCGAAAGGAAAAGUGAAACUCCUGAGAAAUACGAUCAGGAUGUCGAGGUGAAAUUGACAAGGAAGCAAACGUUAAUCUUGUCCACUUUAGUGCCAGAUGAAAUACUUCUGAUGGACCAAUUUGAUACUCAAAAUCCGUCACGAUUUGUAGGCGUAUUACUGAUGGCAGACGUCUCCGGCUACACUGCUCUCUCAGAGAAAUACAACAAUACAGGAAAAGGUGGCACAUAUCGACUCACUGUCACCCUAAACACGUACCUCGGUGCGUUAACGGAAUUAAUUUACAGUCACGGAGGGGAUAUUCUGAAAUUCGCGGGAGAUGCAUUCCUUGCCCUUUGGAAGACCGACAAAAGAACGUUUCUCUGCCACACGAUUCAUACAGUUAUCGCAUGCGCUCUCAUCAUACAACAUUCGUAUGCCACCUACGAAACAGAUGUUAAAGUCAAUUUAAGAGUAAAACUAGCCAUAUCAGCUGGGAAUUUAAUUUUUUCACCAAUCGGCUCUGGCAUCGACAUGAAUUAUGUCAUAUUUGGAUUACCUGUACUUGAAGCGAAAAUAGCAGAAAGUGUAUGUGCAUCAGGUGAAGUCAAACUUACUUCCACCGCGUGGGGUCAUUGCUAUUCUAGAAACUACGACCACGUAGUACACGAUGAUGGCCACGUUACAAUCAAAUCGAUACUUUACGAUCCACACGAGAAAGAUGUUAUGAAACCUUUCGCUGGCCUUGCACCCUUGAUAAAUCAGAUAAAAAAACCUCUAAGCGCCAUAGAAAACUUCCCAGACUUCUUAUGGGAACCCCCGCAAUACAUGAGUCCCGUGGACGUGGCUCGUAGAAAUGACGCUCUAAGCCUACGAAAAGCUAUUUUGGAGACGGAGGAAACUAACAAAGGGUCAGAAAUUCGUAAAUUUAUGAUACGCCCCGUGCUCACUCAAAUCGAUGCACAUCAACCAUUGGAGUAUUUAACUGAAAUGAGACAGGUUUCAGUGUUAUUUUUAACGCUGAAGCCCAGAGACUGUCCUUUUCUGCAAUUAAUUACGAUUGUGAAUAACGCUUAUCAAAUCACAUGUGAAAUUGUUUACAAGUCUAUGGGUUGUGUAAACAAAAUCAUUCUUUUUGACAAGGACGUUAUGAUUUUAGUAAUAUUUGGGUUACGGGGAUUCAAACAUGAAUCAGAAGCACAGGCAGCACUGAAAUGUGCUUAUAGUAUAAAGAAAUCCGUAUCUGCUCUAGAUGGAGUUCUUGAAGUGUCAAUUGGAGUAACCACAGGUCAAGUAUACUGCGGGGUAGUUGGCCACCCUCUACGAAGGGAAUUUACUGUGAUUGGUGCAAUAGUAAAUAAAGCUGCCAGACUUAUGUGUGGCUUUCGCAAUAAAAUCACAUGCGACGAAGCCACUUUUGUUAAAAGCAAAAUGUCGAGCAAUGGUUUUACUUUACAACCACGAACAGAACUGAAAGGUAUCGUACAUCCUGGUAAAAUAUAUGAAUAUUCAGAGGAAAUAAGAGUCAAGGUGCUAUAUGAUAUACCAAUGACAACUCCGUUACUAAAUCGCAGCGACGAAAUGGAAUACUUUGAAAAUUGGUUAGAUGAUUCCCAUUUGUCAUAUAGGGACUUCGAUGCUUUGCUAUUGGUCGGUGAUUCAAGGAUUGGAAAAUCUCGUAUGCUAGAGGGAAUGGCAAGAACUGCUAAAAAUAAAGGCUUUAAAGUUUGUUUCCUUAAUUUAACUUCAGUGCAUUCAGCUUCACCAUAUUUAGCUUUGAGUCAAAUUGUAAAUCAAAUACUAGAUCUAAAAGAACCAAUAACUGGAUUCAUCAAAGAAGAAAAAAUAGUUCAAUUGUUAAAAGUAUACAGCGAUGACUUAUGUUAUCUUAACCACAUAAUUAAAGUGCGGUUCGCAUAUCAUGAGGGAAUGAAUGCACAAAACGAAGCGAUGAGGAAGGAAAAAGCAAUACAAAUGUUUACUACAUUAAUUAUGGCAAUUGCAGAAACGCAUGUUAUAUUCAUGGAUGAUUUACAGAAUCUGGAUUCCUCGUCGUGGGAAUUUAUCCCUGUCAUGUUUAAAUCAUUGAAAAUGUUUACGGUGAUGUCAGUCACUCGAGGAAAAUUUAGCGUAGUGCAAAAGUGGCUUUACAGUGUGUUUAUCAACAACAGUAUUAGAAAAAUUGUUCUAGGACCUUUAUCUUCUUCGUGGAUUGUGCCACUUGCGUGCCAAAUUUUGGACGUUAACGCUGUGCCAAAUGAUUUAUGCAAUACUCUUCGAUUAAAAUGUAAUGGGAUGCCUGGUCUUAUUGAAAAUUUUAUUGUUCACCUGUUUUCUAAUGGAGCCCUAGAACUGAUGAAAAUUAGCACAGACGAACUUGAAAACUGGAGCGAUGAAGACUUACAGUUUCCUGAUCCGAAAUUAUUACAUCCACAGGCUAUCAACAGCAAAGAUCAAGAAAAAUUGGAUGAACUUAUAAAUAAUGACGCUACCGAAGAAAUAGGAAUAUGCAUUGUUACAGAAAAAGAGCAGUUAAAAACGAACAUCAACGUUCAAAAUAUUGAUGCCUUAGUAAUGAUACAGAUUGAUUCUCUUACUCCAUACCAACAACUCUUACUGAAAAUUGCUUCAGUAGUCGGUAACGUGGUGUCAAGAGAUCUUCUUGAAAACAUUAUGUAUGAAAAUGACGCUUUAACAACUGCAAAAGCAGUGAAACGGCUCUUUGCUAUGAGGAUAUUAUCUUGUGCUAAUGUUAAAACAAAUAAAUGGCAACGAAGAGGUGGAUCUAAUGUAACUAUAACCUCGGUUGUUUCUGAAAAUUUCAAUUUAGUUUGUGACUGCUGUUUUGAUCACGAUGAAGAGUCUAAUCAUAAUCUUCCAAAGUAUGCUUUCUGUCAAGUAAUGAAAUUCCGAAAUAAAAACACUCGAAAAACUUGCUACGAAUUAUUGCCCUUAAACCAGAAAAAAGAGUUUCACUCUCGAAUUGUUCACUAUUUAGAAAAGAAUACACAAAAAUGUUCAGACUGUGGUGGUACUAUUAUGAUAGUUCAAUCAUCAGGGAGUAUUGUAUCAGAUCGGCAGAGUUGUGAUUUAAAUUCUAUUAUGUCGCAUAAUGAAAACAGUGGCAGUGAAUCGGACGAGGAGUUACAAGUAAAUAAUAUUACUACAAUAGGAUCUAAUUCAGAGGAUAUACAAGGACCGAGUGGGAUAAGAAAAUCUAUGUCCGAAUCUCUGAACAAUAAUGGAAAUGUAUCUGAAAAUAUAGGCACAAGAUCAAUAAGCGCAACUCUCGCCAGAGAAAACUCAAAAAGUGCACGAUGCACGUCAAUUUUAAGAUAUAAAAAUGAAGAAGACGAUGAACCUCGACGAAGGUCAACUAAAAGAGUAACAAUGUCUAAUUUAUACUUUAAAGAGGUAAAGUCAAGCGAAAUUGAAGAUGCCAAAAUAUUUGAUAAAUUACGACCAGUUAUAGAAGCCAAAAACACUAGUGAUUGGCAUGAUCUUGGUGCCAUAGACAGUGAUGACGAUAACGACGAUAAAGAUAACAAAAAUAAAAAGUCAUUUACUUUGAACAUAGAGAAAGGAAUAUCCCAAACCAACGUUAGUAAGUGUACAUGUAGUGAAUUAAAUAUCAUUAUAACCGAACAACUGAUACAUCAUGCUCAACAAUCGGAAUUAAGAUCAAAAGCAGUCCAUUUCAUGAUCAAAUUUUGUUAUUUGAAUCUGUUGAAUAAUUAUUAUGAACCAAUUCUUCCGAAAUUAGAAGAAGCUGAAAUGAUUUGUUUAGACAGACAAAGCCGAGAAAAUGCAAUUAGUGAAUUUGAAAGGCGUAGAUUUUUGGGAAGGAUCCACUCAAUACGAGCAGCUACUUUUCUUCUGACUGAAAAAUUGACCGCUGCUAAAUUUGAAAUCGAACUCGCUACACGUAUUUAUCGAAUCAAUCUUUACAAUGUAUCGGAGUUUUUAAAAUUGAGAAGGCUGUUUUCAUCAAUUACGCGCAAAAAUAAACGGCUUAACGACACACUUUUGAAAUCAGAUUCCUUAUUUUGCCUAAACGUUGCAACUUUGUUAUAUUCCACAAUAGAAGACAAAAAAGUGGCCAGAGUAUCUGCAUCACGGGCUCUUGAAAUAGUUCAAGAUAACGACUGUGACGUUAUAGACAUUUGUGAUGCAUUUAGUAAUGCAAUUCAAGUAGAGCUAGAUCGCGAGGCUAUCGACUCCACGGCAGAGAUAGAGCGUUUGGCUUGUCAGGUAUUAAGGAAUUUGCCGCGCCCAAUUAAAAUUGAGGAGUUAUUUGCUGUUGGAAAACUCUUCGUGGCGACUUUCCAUGCCAGAAUGGCUCGUGCUCAACUGGCAGCCACCGUGCGCGCAGGUUUCAGAGCCAUCACUAUUAGUCGCUUCCUUCAAGCUGACAACAUAUCCAUAGAAAUUAUACCCGAUCUUUUUUACGUGUUGCUCGCAAAAUGUCGCAUAGAAGAAGCUGUAGAUGUGCUCCAAUUGUCGCUACGCUUGGGUCAGUAUCAGAUGUCCCACGAUUGCGAGACUUGGUAUUACGCUCUAUGCAUGGAUAUGAUCCUGGAUGCUGGGUUCCAACUGGAGUCACCUUACGAAAUAAGUCGUUACGCAGAAUAUGCUUUGAGCAGAGGUAAAGCGGGAGGACCAAGUCGUCGACGUUUGGUGGUCGGAUUAUGGACUUACUGGUUAAGGGCCGAUUUUGAAAGAAAAGCUAAACGUUUCGAAUCUGAAGCUUUUAGUUGGGCUGAGAACAGCGAAGACGACGGUUCAUUGCAGACAUUAUUAAGCGCAUUGAGACUUGCUGAUGGGAUGUUGGAGAGUCUAGCGAGAAAAGUGGAUGAUUUGCGGAAGGUGGUAGAUCUGAUGGAACUCCGAUCUGUAGCGGACCGAGAACUAACAAGGCUGGAGAAGGACGCUCGUCUCGUGCGAGUCAUGUACCCUCGCUGGCUUCUCUUGAAAGGCAACUCCCUCAACUUGUCUGGUAGAACAGCCGCUGCUAAUAACAAUUUUAACUUGGCGCUGGAGGACGCUCGUCGGAUGCACAACCGUCUUGAACAGGCUCUAGCAACAGCAGCUCUAUCCAACUCGGUGUUCUGGGCCCAGAACGCUCGUUCCUACCGCUUCCCAGCCUGGCAAAGCGCCACCGAACAGGCACAUGCUUCCUGGCACCAACUCCUGUACAAAAUUACCACGACACGACAAUAA